AAAAGCCGUGGAGCGCAGCUCGGCAGUGGUUACUUCAGACACACAAAGAAGGAGUUCUCCCUCCUCAGGAAACCCUGCAAGUUCGGAUCGUUACUACAAGAACAUUUGUCUCAGUGGAUUAUCCUCACUGUCAGGAGCACAGCCAGAAUGAAACUAGUUCACGUAGCCCUGCUCUAUCUCGGUUCUGUGACCUUCUUCGGGGUGGAUGCUGCAAGGGUGGACGUAGCGACAGAGUUCAAAAGAAAAUGGACGAAAUGGGCACUGAGCCGAGCCAAGCGGGACGUGAAGCCUUCGGGCGCACUCCGAGAACUGGGGGCAGCUGCCGACGUGCAGUUGCUCAUACGGACCCAGGACGUGAAGGAGGAUCCACGAGUGUCGCAUCCCAGCAGCCGGGAGGAUGCUCACAUCCGCGUCAAGCGCUACCGCCAGAGCAUUAACAACUUCCCCCACUUCCAAACCAUCCGCACGGGGUGCCGCUUCGGGACGUGCACGGUGCAGAAGCUGGCCCAUCAGAUCUACCAGCUGACCGACAAGGAUAAGGACGAUGCUGCCCCUGCCAGCAAGAUCAGCCCCCAGGGCUAUGGCCGCAGGCGGCGCUCCCUGCCCGAACGCCGCAGCCCGCCGCGCUCCCCUCAGGCCGGGCGGCACCGCCGGACGCGGGGGGCGCAUCCUCUCGCCCUCGUCCUCGGGAUCUGAACACCGCACUACCCGGCCGAGACCUUCUCGGGUGGAUGGACUGAGGCACGGACGCUCCGGAGGUCCGCCGCUGCCAGGAUUCGUGGAGACCGCCCGUCCGUGCGGGACCCCGGUGCGCCCUCCCUGGGCUGGGGGCGGCGGAGCGGCGGGCCGCACCGCCAGGGCGAGGGGCGGCCGGUCCCGCGGCCCCCGCCCGCGCCCGGCGCGGAGAGACGGCGCGGGGACGCUGUGAAAGCCGAUGGGGACGCGCAGGGGCUGCUCCUCCCGCCCGCCGCAGAGGCGAGGCGGUCGCUGACUAUUUACCCUCCCCGAGCGAGGCACUGCUGGCUCCCGCGCCCGCCGCCACCUGGGACUGGAAGGCGCCCGGCCCGCGGCCGCCAUGUCGCUCCUUGCCCCGCAGCUGCACCCGGGGGCCGGGCCUUCUUUGCCGGCGGGCUGCGCUCAAAGCUGCCCCGGCCCCGUCUGCCCGCAGCGGGGGUUGCUCAGGGGAGCCCCGCGGCCGGGAGGACCCGCCGGCGGGCGCCGGCCGCUGCGCGGCACCCCCGGGCCCGGGGACCGCGGCCCCGGCCUCGCCCUCUGCCCCCGAGUGUCGGAGGGUGCGCGAUCAGCCCUCGCAAGGACAGGUCCCCCACAUCUGCUCUACCCUCUGCGUUAUCUGCACCCGGCAGGGAAUCGGACACUCACUAGUCCCUGCGGGGGCUGCGAUAUACUUGAACGUCACAGAGAGGAAAAGUGCAAUUGUACGUGGUUUUUGUUAAUUAUAAGUGCGGUGUGUGUGGAUCAUGAGAUACGUAUCGAUAUUUAAGAUUGUCCGGUGUUAUGUCCUGUUUGUAUCUUUUUUUUGAAAAUAUAUUUUAUUUUUAUACGUUUUAUAUAUAUAUAUAUAUAUAUAUAUUGCAUAAGGGCAUUUUAGAACAUUGUAUCCCCUCUAUUUUUCAUAUCGUGAAUGUCAAACGUUAAACUCUUUUUCCAUACCCUUUUUUAUCUUGCAUUCCAGACUGGUGAAAGAUGUAGAGAAUGUAUCAGCUGUUCUCCAUGGGUAAUAUGUGAAAUAAAAUAAACACUAUUACAUAAAA